CAACAACAAAUACCAAAUGGCACUAUGUCAAUUUUGACGGGAUUUCGAAAAUUCAUUAAAGCCGUCAAACCAAAUAAGGACCGAAAGAAGGGCAAGAAAGCUCUCGGUUCAGAAAAGUCUGCUGACAUAACUAGCCAGCAAAGUCGUAAUGCAGAAGCUGAUUCUUCUGAAUCUAUUCAUUUUCCUGGUUUAGAAAAGUUUCAAUUAAAGGAGAAAUUGGGAGAUGGAGCCUACAGCAAAGUAUACAAGGCAUAUUCUUUCGAGCUUGAGAAAGACGUUGCUGUUAAAGUCAUCCGCAAGUACGAGAUGAACUUGAAACAGAGGAGUGGAGUUCAUAAGGAAGUGAAUAUAUUGCGAAGGAUUCAACACAAAAACAUUGUCACUUUGCUCGAUUUUAUUGAAGCAGAUGAUUUCUUUUAUCUUGUUUUGGAGCUCGCUGAGGGAGGAGAAAUUUUUCACAAGAUCGUUUAUUUCACUUACUUCUCAGAACAACUCGCAAGGCAUGUAAUAGUCCAAAUAGCAGAUGCAAUACAACAUCUUCACGACGUAUGUGGCAUCGUUCACAGGGACAUUAAACCUGAGAAUGUGUUGUUUAAACCAAUCCCUUUUCGUCCUACAGAAGGAUAUCAACCGCCCCCAUUAGAUCCGAUCAAGCGAGACGAAGGUGUUUUCACGCCUGGCGUUGGAGGUGGUGGUAUAGGCAAAAUUUUAAUUGGUGACUUUGGUUUCAGUAAAGUUGUUUGGAAUACGAAAACAUCUACUCCUUGCGGAACAGUAGGUUAUGCGGCUCCCGAAAUUGUAAAUGAUGAACUUUAUUCUAAAAAUGUGGAUAUGUGGGCGUUAGGCUGUUUGCUGCACACAAUGUUGUGUGGAUUUCCACCUUUUUUUGACGAUAAUGUGAAACUCUUGGCAUCCAAAGUUGUGAAAGGAGAAUUCGAGUUUUUAUCUCCUUGGUGGGACAAUAUAUCAGAAUCUGCGAAAGAUUUGGUUGCCCAUUUAUUGACAGUGGAUCCAAGAGAACGAUAUGAUAUCCAUCAGUUUUUCCAACAUCCUUGGAUUCGUGGUGAACCGAAGAUGCUUUUGGUUCCUUCCCAUAAGCCAAAAUUUUACUCGCGCUCUAUAGAUUCAACUUCUUCUUCACCUGGACGAAUGACAUCUGAUUUCAAGGAAAGACCAAAGAGAACUAUGGUUUCCCGCACAUCUAGUGCAUCUAUGCAUAAAUCACCAUCCAUUACUACUUUGAGUGAUGCAAUGAUGGUUGCAUAUGAUGCUCGUCGCUCUAACUUCCCUAACAGUCAGCAUAAAAAAGCCCAUUCUUCGAGAAUUAAUUCGGCGGCCGACCUAAUUGUUGAAGAAGAUUCGGGCGAUGAACAAACAGGAACGAGUUUCCCCUUUAGUGAUCUCUCCAACAGCGAUGAAAGAGAUUCUUUCCAAUUAGAUCUUGCUCAGUCGUCACUCAUUUCCAGAAGAUCUGCCCGGCGUAAUCCAAUGUAAAUUCAACCUUCAGGCCAAUCGCGAAAAGACAUUUAUUUGUAAUUAAUUUGAGAUGGUUUGUCUUGUAUAAGCUAUCUUUUGUGCUUUUAUUCAUUAACUAUACUUUCUUUCUCUUGCAUUCUGCCAUGUCUGGCAUAGCAAUUAUUGCUCGUUUAAGCUCAUACUGUUUCUAACUAUGCGACACGGUCACGCUAUUAAAGGACCCUACACUCUUUUAUUAUGUCUUUUUUUCGCUUCCUAUCUUUCAUAUUCUUGUGAUACAACAUAUACAAAACUAUAUCACCCAUCUUACUAUCUGAGAAUUUUGGUAUUAGAUAUGGGUAUUUGUAAAAAGGAUGUAAAACGUAGCCGGCAAAAUGAUGCAGACUUUAAAUCUAAGAGUUAUGUAAGUAUAUGUCAAGUAUUAUCUGGAGAUAUUAUCGCUAGCAAAGUAAAGCUGUUUUCUUUCUUUCCGAUGGAAGGACCGUAAAUGAGGGAACCGCCUAAAUUUCGAAAUAAAGAUGCUAAAGCGUCUAAAUACAUAAUUGAUUUAUAGGAAUGAGUAUCUUCACGCCAAACAUAAGGUUUUAAGUAAUAUGACCGGUUGUUUUCGUUGUGAAUGCGAAUAAGGAGGCAAAUCCAAGGAAGAAAGAACUAUUAAGCUAUCGUAUAAAGAGCUGUUCACCCAGGUAUGUAUUCGUCAGUUCUAUCAAUUAGGCAAGAAUUAUGGAUGGACAUAACAGGUAGUUCCCCCACCCCCUUUAAGCAUUCUUCUGAACGAGAUACAAUACGGUAGCAGGUAUGUAUAACACCAAGUUCCACAAAGGUGGAGUUAAUUUGACGACUAUAGACUUUACGGCCCAACCGAUUAGGAAAAGCAAAAGGAGAACAAUGGUAUUGAAAACAAAUGCUUCAUGAGAAGUAAAGACAUAUGGACCAAGAGUAACCUGAUAACGAUAGUAUUGUAAUCGAAGCCAAUUCAUGCGUUCUGGCUCAUAUACACCAUCGUAGUCCUUCUUUGCUUUGAUGAUCACUGGCUUUCCCAUUCUGUUCAAUUUAGUUAUCCACGUAAGCCCGAAAGAAAGAAAGUACUAUAUGGAAGCUACAAAGAGAGCUGCAAAUAGGAAAUCUAUUGACUUUCCUUUGAAUGAAACGGAAUACGCACAAUUUAGGAAAUGGGUAAUCGGUACAUAAGGCAUGUUGUGAGUCUUAGAAAAUAAGGAAUAUUACCUCUUUACGCUAAUAUCUUGUCAAUUAUAAAUACACAGAUGCAAUAAACGUAAAUAAACAAAUAAAAAAUAAAUUAAGGAUUUUUAACAGCUGGG